AAACAUCACGAACUUUCAGGACACCCUAGUGCAUCGCUACAGACUACGUAUGAACUCUCGAACGUGUUGCUGUUACAGUAUUUUGUUGUCGCACCACCGCUACAAUCCGUUCUAGCGGGUGCGUUCAUACCGUGGUGUGAAGGAUGCGGCAGGGACCAGUUUCUGCAAGGAAUCUCAAUCGUUGGAGCAGUAAUCAUGCCACACAAUCUCUACUUACACUCAGCUUUGGUCAAAUCGCGACGUGUGGAUCGCAGCAAGAAGGAACGGGUAGAGGAAGCGAAUUUCUACUUUACAGUUGAAUCUGCAAUUGCUUUGACAUGCAGCUUUUUCAUAAACGUCUUUGUUGUUGCGGUGUUUGCCCACGGAUUUUACGAGAAAACAAACUAUGAAGUGGUAAGAUUAUUUGCUUAG